AUGUCUUCGUCUUUCAACCUUCUACGGAGAUGCUACUCGGUGGCUGCAUCUAUAGCUCAAUGUAGACUCUCUCCGGAAAAUUUUAAUGGUGUCCAUACAAAUUUUGGUUGGGUGCUCGUGCCAAAGACCCACGUUGCCAGAGGAUGGACACAGCCAAAGCUCAAUGAGUAUCUUUUACAGCAUAUCCAGCACGAUAAGCCCGACUUGAACGAGGUACAAUCAUUGGUGGACCAAUGGGCUGCUUCCGUGGACGCUUCAAGCAAGCCCGCAUCAAAGAAAAAAACUGCUGCUGAGGUUAGACACGAAGAAAGCUUGAAACUCUUCCUUCGCCAACUGAAAGAUGAAGCCGCAAAGGGAGAUCGAAAGAGGCAGCGGGUGGCGCGUGUAAGAAAGAACACUCUGAGUGGAGAAGUCACCUUCACGCAUGCAUGGAACUAUUUUAUGGCCAAACAAUACCCACUUCAGAAGCAUUUACCAGAAGCAGAAGCUAGAGCGAAAGUUGGGCUGAUGUGGCGUCUGAUGUCAAUGGACGAGAAGGAUGUUUAUAGAGAAGAGUACUCGCAGUUGCUUCAGCAGGGAAAGGACAUAUACCACGGCAAAAUUGUGGAUAGAGAGGUGAAGUUGAAGGCGGUGGAAAGACUCAAUUUGUCCAAGGAAAAAAGCUUAGCGAAGAAAUUGAAAAAGCUCGAGGAAACUCAGAAGGGCUUAGAUGUCCAAGAGAAUUAA